AUGCCUGACACAACCGCACCUGUCAUCUGGGAGGCCUACAAGUACACGAUACAGGGAUUCUUCUUGGCAAGGGGCGCCAUGCUGAAGAAACAUCGGGAGGCUACGAUCCGAGAUCUCACAGAUAGAAUCCAGGACCUGGAAACUCGACACAAACCCGACCACGACCUGGACACAUAUCAAGAGCUAGCAGAAGUGAGAGGACAACUAUCCUCUCUCCUCCGACAACGUCACCAAUGUUCUCUUCAGCACACUAAAGCUUUCUUUUACAUCAACAGUGACAAAUGCGGCAAACUCCUCACCGCACUUAUAAAUAAGAAGCCUACGCGACACUCAGGGCUAACCACAGAAGAUGCCAACUUGCAUCACCGAAGUAGCAAGAAACUACUUCAAAACCCUGUACUCAAAGAACUUAUCCGCAGGCUCACACCAGACCACCAACUCCAUACAAACCUAUCUGGCCAAUAA